CGCAUACACACACUCUCUCUGUUAGCGUGGCAGAUGACUCAAAGAUCACAUCACAGUGACUGCACAAAUCUGAGUGUUAGGUGUGUUGCAGCAGUGUUACACCAGCUGCAGUUCCAGUCUGCACCACCAGAGGGCCUCAGCACACCACAGCAGAGGAGACUUCACUGUCAGGAUGUGAGGUGAGGUUGGAUCUCUUGUUCAUCACAUUCUUUGGUGUCUAAAAAAAUAUGUGGUCUGGAAAGUUUGGAAUUUGUCCCCUGAUAGAAACCAUAUGUAAAUCAAAGUGCUGAAGUACCAUAACGCAUCUUAACGCUCAUCACCGUCCUGCUGCUCGGCUGAACGGUUGUUACCAUAGCAACCAGUCGCUUCCUGAGGACACGGGACCCCGGGCUUGUAACCAAUAAAUUAUUAAUAAUUAAUUAUUAUUAAAUGUUUACGGAGCGAUCGGGCAACAUUUCUGGCCUGUACAGCAGUAGUGGGCCGAAGAGACUGAACAGUGACAGCAGCCCUUUGAUCACAUGAGGCAACAGUCUUAAUUACAUAUUCAUCACAUAUGAUAGUCCUCCAUCAUAUUAGACUGUGGAUGCACCACUUUGUAGACUAUUUACUGUAAGUCCCACAGAGGCCGAGCACCGACUGCCGUCUGUGUUGGUGUGUUUUCGUUGUCCAGCGUUGGAUUGUUUUUGCACAGUUAAGGAUUUUAAUUCUGCUCGCUCCUUCCUGCUGCUGCGGCCGGCGGUGGCCUCCAGUCCGGGAUGCGGUUUGAGUGUCCAGAGUUAACUCACUCUUGGAGAUGAUGUGGUCUAUAACUGAUUUCCACUCCGCCCUGUAUGACUCACCACCCGAACCAGGAAGUACGGUGUUAUUUUUCAGUGCGCGCUGGAAAGAGACACGUAACGAGAGAUUAAUCUGCAGGAUUAAUCUGCAGGAAAGCAACGUUUUUCUCUGAGAGGGGCUUUAAAUGGCUGCUGACUUCACACACCAAAAUGUGAGUUUACCACUAACGGAGAAAACAGCAGUUAACUUUCUUGAUGACAGACUAAAAGCACAGCUGCUUUGGAGUGUGCGGUCUGCCUGCUGAGUGCUCAGCACAAUGGCGUCCAUAUCAGAGGAGGAUCUCUGCUGUCCCGUCUGUCAGGACAUCUUCAGAGAUCCUGUUAUCAUGUCCUGCAGCCACAGCUUCUGUAGAGGCUGUCUGCAGGGCUGGUGGAGAGGGAGACAAACACACGAGUGUCCGGUUUGUAAGAGAAGAUCGAGGAGUAAACCACCUCGUAACCUGGCAUUAAAGAACCUGUGUGAGACCUUCUUACUGAAGAGAGAUCAGAGAACUUCAGUAAAGUCUGAGGUUCUCUGCAGUCUGCACUCUGAGAAACUCAAACUCUUCUGUCUGGACCACCAGCAACCAGUGUGUGUCGUCUGCAGAGACUCUAAAACACACACCAACCACAGAUUCAGACCAACUGAUGAAGUUGCACAGGAUUUUAAAAAGGAGCUUCAAGAAGCCCUGAAGCCUUUACAGGAGAAACUGAAGGUCUUUGAACGUGUUAAAGGAAACUGUGAUCAAACAGCAGAACACAUUAAAGUCCAGGCCCAACACACAGAGAGGCAGAUUAAGGAGCAGUUUAAGAAGCUUCACCAGUUUCUACAAGAGGAAGAGGAGGCCAGGAUCACUGCUCUGAGGGAGGAAGAGGAGCAGAAGAGUCAGAUGAUGAAGGAGAAGACUGAGGCUCUGAUCAGAGAGAUAGCAGCUCUUUCAGACACAAUCAGAACCACAGAGGACGAGCUGAGAGCUGAAGACGUCUCAUUCCUACAGAACUACAAGGCAGCAGUGAAAAGAGUCCAGCAGCGCCCCCUGCUGGAUGAUCCAAAGCUCGUCUCAGGAGCUCUGAUAGAUGUGGCCAAACACCUGGGCAACCUGACCUUCAACAUCUGGAACAAGAUGAAGGAGAUGGUCUCCUACACUCCUGUGAUUCUGGAUCCAAACACUGCUCAUCCAGAACUCAUCCUGUCUGAAGAUCUGACCAGUGUGAGACAUGGACUGAGGCAGAAACUCCCUCAAAACCCUGAGAGGUUUGUUUAUUACCCCUCCGUCCUGGGCUCUGAGGGCUUUGACUCGGGGACUCACAGCUGGGAUGUUGAUGUUGAAGACAAUACAGGCUGGUCUGUGGGUGUGGCUGCAGAGUCCGUCAAGAGGAAAGGGAGAAUUCGGUCCAGGAUAUGGAGAAUAAGGUUCUGUAACAGUGAAUACAAAGCCUGCUCGCCAGCAGCUGAACCAGUUGUCCUCCGAGUGAAGCUGAAGCUUCGGCUGAUCAGAGUUCAUCUGGACUGGGAAAGAGGAACGCUGUCCUUCUUUGACCCUGAUACUCACAACCACAUCCACACCUUCACACACACUUUCACUGAGAAGCUGUUUCCUCAUAUAUGCAACAGAGAUGAAUUACCAGUUAAGAUUUUACCAGAGGUGGAUGAUGAUGAUGAUGAUGAUGAUGAUGAUGAUGAUGACUGUUAGAGCGAUGCUUAUGAUGGUUUAACUUAAUUUAGCUUGAAGUGAAAACACAAAUGGGAAACCGUGGGACAAACACUAAAGCUGCAGUCGCUCUGAAUAAGCAAAUCAAAACUUAAAUUGUUAGCAUUGUAGUGAACAGCACUUCUGUGUGAGGUUUGUCCCAGCCAUGUUGCCGUAGCAGCGUGUCACACUCAGUGUGAAACGGGACUUUAUGAAAAUAAUAUUAUGAAAUGCUCCUAAAUUUGGCAAAUAAACAAUUUGUUAAACCUUCACCGCAACAUCUGGACAACAACACCUUCACACAACACGUCAGACAGAAACUCCUUUAUGGUUCCUCUCAAGAUAGAAAUAAAAAGGUGUGUGUGUGUGUGUGUGUGUGUGUGUGUGCUUCAUCUGCGUCAUCAUCUCGUGUUUGUCCUGGUGCUGCAUCAUUGUGAUGUCAGCAGGUGGUCAUAAUCUGAUUGGUGGGCACACAGCUGAGUGGUUUUUAUAACAUGCAGGGACAAACACAGACGCAGGCAUCUCAGACCAGAGUGUGUGUGUGCGUGUGUGUGUGUGUGUGUGUGUGUGUGCGUGCGAGCUCACAGAUAAGAUGUUUGGACUUAAGAAAGCAAACGGUCUCCUGACUGCACAGGAAGGUUGCUGGUUCAAAUCUCCAAACCCGCUGUGAGCCUGGGAGGCUGAGGGGUCGAUGCUAAUGCAACCCAUAAACAACGUUAACUUGCUUAUAAACUUGUAUAUUUUCACUUUAUUAUUCCUUAUCAGAUGCAUAUGUUUAUCCUGUAAUAGUGUCAAAUUAUCAACAUAUUAUUAUAUUAUGUUAUAAAUCAACAGUUUUCUCAGCCACAUGAUGUCCCUGCAUGGGUGGAGGCUUCCUGAACGACUUUCUUUAAGAGUGUAAUGUUAACAUUUAACAGCUAAUAAACAAGAACACGCAGGAACUUUAUGGCAUUUAAUGUUCCUAAUUUGAUGUCCUCACUCACCAACUGCUGCACUUCCUCCAUAAAACCCAAACUGUGAGCCGGGAACAAGUUCGGCGUGGGCGAGUCACUUUAAAGGCUAACUGAUAAAGUGAGGAUCAAACGCUGUGUGCUCAACGCACCUGUUAUCUCAAAGCUAACAGCGGCAGGAUGAAGGAAGCCGAAAGUCGCAGCCUCCGAGACUCCCAGAGAUGACGGAUGGACGGAUGGAGGACAAAGAGCGUCUGUCUGCUCAUAAACUGCAGUAUAGUGAGUUUAUUUCUCUCAGUUUUAUAAAUACAUUCAGCCUCUCAAAACAUGCUGCUAAUGUCAGUCACACUGUGUGUGUUUUCACGGUUGUACUGCUGUGGAGAAGGUGAGCGUGCUGAUAACAGGUGGGAGUCAGCAAGCUGCACAAAUGUGACAAAAUGUUAUCAGGUGACUCACUUCUCUCACCGGAUCAGACUGUGUUUACAGAGAAUACACACACACACACACACACACACAGGACGCCACAGCUUCAGCUUCCAUUAUAGCGUAACCCAAACCCUAAUACACUAUAUAGGCAAAAGUAUUGGGACACCUGCCCAUCACACCAACAGGGACUUUAAUGACGUCUCAGUCUAAACUCACAGACAGCUUUGCAGCUCUAA